GGAAGAAAAAACGUGCUUACUUUGGAUUCCGAACCAUCGCCGACCCGUGGGCCGUGGCAGGUAUAGCGCUGAGUAGUGGACUCUCUGUUCUUCCAUGGCGGCGCUUAGCUUCACGGUCCGGCGGAAAGCACCCUUGCUUGUGCCUCCCGCCGCCCCCACGCCGUACGAGUUCAAGCGCCUCUCCGACAUCGACGAUCAAGACGGCAUCCGCACCCAAAUUCCCAUCAUCCAGUACUACCGCGGCAGCGGCGACGAUCGCGACCCGGUCGUGGUGAUCCGCCACGCUCUCUCCCGGGCGCUGGUCUUCUUCUACCCCCUGGCCGGCCGAAUCCAAGAAAUCGCCGGGCGGAAGCUGGUGGUGGAGUGCACGGGCGAGGGGGUCCUCUUCGUGGAGGCCGAUGCAGACGUCCGCCUCGAUCAGAUCGGCGAUGCUCUGCACCCUCCGAUUCCCUUCUUUGACGAGGUCUUCCCUGAAUCCUCCGGGAUCCUCCAUCGCCCCUUGAUUCACAUCCAGGUGACGCGAUUACGGUGCGGAGGUUUCAUAUUCGCCCUCCGUGGUAACCACACAAUGACUGACGGUGCAGGUUUGGGCCAGUUCUUGACCGCCAUCGGCGAGCUGGCUCGGGGCGCGUCGGCUCCAUCCACACUCCCUGUUUGGGCGCGUGAGCUCCUCGAGGCCCGCACUCCUCCCCGCAUCACUUGUCUCCACCCUGCGUUCGAUCACGCAGCGGCUCGACCGCCUAACGCCGGCAAUGGCCCGCCCCUCGACAUGGAGCACCGCUCCUUCCUCUUCCGGAGAUCCGACAUCGGCGCUCUGAGGAUGCUCGUGCCGCCCCACCUCCGCACCUGCUCCACCUUCGAGAUUCUGACCGCCUGCCUCUGGCGCUGCCGCACCGUCGCCAUCGGCUACGACGACCCUGACGAGGAGAUCCGCGUCAUUUUCACCGUGGGCGCCCGCGGAGGGCGCUGCGCCGGCCUAGGCCUCCCGCGGGGGUACUACGGGAACGCGUUCGCCUACGCGGCGGCGGUCACGAGCGCCGGCGAGCUGUGCAGCAGGCCGAUGAGCUAUCCCCUGGAGCUGAUGAGGAAUGUCAAGGCGUCGGUGACGACAGAGCACAUGCGGUCGCUCGCGGACCUUAUGGUGCUGCGGGGGCGGCCGCAUUACGCCACGGAAGGGGUGUAUCUGGUGUCCGACGCGACUCGCACGGGAAUGGAAGAAGUAGAUUACGGGUGGGGGAAGGCCGCGUACGCCGGGCCGGCGUGGGGACGGGUGGCGAGCUUCCACAUCCUGUUCAGGAACAGCAAGGGGGAGGAGGGCAUCCUGGUUCCUCACUACCUACCCCGCUCCAUCAUGGACAAGUUCGCCGGCGAAGUGGCGAGCCUCAUCAAGAAAGACCCUUCCCUGAGAAGCUCUCUGUAGAAAUCAUACAGAGCGUAUAAAUCAUCUAUCUUCGCACCUUUCAGUCCUUUGUCGCUGUUUACUUGGGACGAUGAUGGAAAUAAAAAUUGCAGACUUCCCAUUA